CUGUUCGCGGCUGUAUCAAGGAGACGCCAUUAUGUUAUUACAACGCACUCGCGCGAGCCCAGCCGAUCACCGCUCUCAGAGGCUUGUUUGAGCUCUUGGGCUCUUGCGGCAUGUGACGCUAAUUGCUAAGCCAAGCCCAUGAUGCGACACUGUGUGCAGGCGCCUCGAUGUCCUGCUGCCCCGCACCUAGCGGCGUUCACCCCGUCAGCGGCCAUGCCUGGACGGCUUAUAGUAACGGUGGCGGCGACAGCAGCCUCAGCGGCGAGUCAUGCCCUGCCACGCCCACGGGCCUGAGAACUCGGAGCAGCACCGCCAGCAGCACCGCCAGCAGUACCGCCAGCGGCACGGCGGGCACGGCGACCGACGAGACGCAUCACGGCAGUAGCAGCGGCAGCAGCAGCGCGCGCCAUGGCUGUCAAGUGUUGAAGCCUCUCCUCAGCGGGAGGAGACGGUGCUUCAGCGUUGACGAGCAGGCAUUGCUCAACCUGCGCCUGUCCUGCUAUGGCACUCGUAUCAGCGGCGGUGGCGGCGACGGUGGCGGCAGGAGCAGUAAUGGCAGUGUCGGCAUCGGCAGCGUGGGAAGUGCCGCGCCACUGGAUUCUGCGGAUUCUCCUGAAGGUUUGCUGCAAUCGAUGGACAGCAACCCUCCGGCUGGGCUUCGCGCCACCUCCUGCGUCUACACCAGCAGCGCUGCUCGUGCCGCCGCUGCGGACAGCGGCAGCGCUUUCACCCUUGGCGGCGGCGGCAGCCGGCCCGCAGCUCAGCAGGUGCUGAUACCGUGGCUGUCGCUAACGGAGGCGGCACUCGCCGUUGCCAUGGGUUCUAAUGAUCGGGGCUGCGGCAUAGGUGCGAGUGGGGCCGCGGCGCCGGCGGCAGUGGUGCUCUCUACUCACACUUCCUGCAGCAGCCUGCCCUCCAGCCUGGACGAGGAGCAGCAUCAGGCCCCGGGCAGUGCUGGUGAGCACAGCGAAUGCAUCCUGGAGCCAGCAGCACCGGGACAGUCGACUGCCGCCGCUGCGGCGGCGACUGCCGCUAACACGCAUGACGAAGACAACGGCGCGACCCCUGCUUCCGCAGGCCAACAUGAACCAAAGACACCGCCAGCAAAGGUGCCGGGAGCCGCACCGGUCACCCCCAUCAAUGCCAGCCCGCCGAUACUGAAAAGCGCGGCGUCUUCCAUGCAGCCGUUCAGCCACAGCCCCUCAGCAGCUGCUACGUCCCACAAUCCGUGGCCGCUGCUAGGCUGCAGCUGCGGUGUGCUGGGGCUGCCUCCCUGCAGCAUCCCAGGCCUGUGUGCGACCCGGGCGCGCCUACGUGACCUCGGCCUGGUCAGGCCCGGCAAUGCGGCGGCCCCCGCCGCCGCUGCUACUGCGGUGCAAUUGCCAAACGCAGUGGCCCAUGCGUGUGGCGGCGCCAUGGCGCCGCCUCGCUUGCCAGGCCCAUCGCCCUAUGUGACCAGCAGGCCCGGAAGCCCGCGUUGUUUGCCGGACGCCGUUGCUGGUGCUCCAGCUCGGCACCAGCUCACUGCCUGCGUGUCCGGUGCUGCUGCUGGGCACAGCAGUGGCGGUUGCUGGCUGAGUGCCCAUCCACCACCGACCAGCGGCUUGUGGCAGCAGCUGCGGCACACUGUGACUUGGUGGCCUGCCCCGCACUUCCAGGCUCCGUGGCCAGGGGCGGCAGCAGCUGCGGCGCCGCCAGCUGCCGCCGUGGCAGCGCCACAAGCCGGAGGCACGCAGCUGGCCCAGGGAGACGAACCCGACGACAGCACAACACUGCCAGUGCAGAACGCACUUCAGCUGCUCAUGCGAAAGCAGCACAGAGCUGCCAAUGGGCAGCAGCAGCCAUCCGUGACAAAGGUGCCCACGCCUGCGCCUGGGCAGCCCGAGCCCGGCUGCUAUGCACCUGGGGCCGCGGGUGGCACGGCUGCCUUUGCCGCACCUUGCUCGCCAUGUCGGCCUUUCUCGGACAGCCAGCCGGGCAGCGACAAUAACGGUGAUGAUGACGACCUCUGCUGGCACAUCUCACUGCCGCCCAUCCCAGCCGCCACGCCCAUGGCACGCCACGACGCACCCAGCCUGUACCACCACCUGUUCCACAACCCCAUCGCACCCAGCUGCCUGGAACGAGCGCAGUUCAGCUACCUCAACCCACUGGCUGAGGAGGAGGAGGAAGAGGAGGAGGAGGAGGGCGUAGAGGCAGCAGCGCAGGCUGGCGGGGAGGAUGGAGAGCGCGGGCCGCUGGGUGGUGCCGCACCCGCGCAGGCCGAUGCGGAGGCUGCUCACGGGGAGACAUGCGCACACGGCACAACAACCUCGGCACCCGCAGCUGCAGCCGGCGCAGCGGGGCCAGUUGCGGUGGGGCUGCGGCCGGCCCCGGCCGGCAGCGGCACGUACGAGAAUCCCAUGGUUGGGGACCCGUGCGAUCAGGAUCUGGAUCUGGGUCAGGCUGAUGUCAGCUACCGCAACCCUCUAACAGGCGAGGCGGAGGCGGAGGGGGCGGAGGACGAGGCGCAGGUGGGGGGCGGUAUGGACUUGAAGCUUAGGAUGCCCUUGUUGCCCUCCGUGGCGACCACCGGCACCACCGCCAGCGCAGGAGCAGCAGCAGCAGCAGCAGCAGCCGCAAUCACGUCUGCAGCAGCUCACACCACCGCCACUACCACCACCACCACCACCACCGUAGCAAGGCCGCGGGGUAGCGGCAAUGAUACCGCGCUGGGGAACAGGCGGGCACAGCAGCAGAGGCAGCAACAGCUGCAGCAACGGCGCAGGCCGUGGAGGUAACAAGAUCACUUUGGAAGGGGACUGGGGGUAUUGGGGGAGGUGCGGGCGUGUGCCGUGUGGGGCUGCACAGCAAAUGUGCUGUGGUCCCCGAGCAACUUGUUGCUGGGAGGUACGUCAGUCCAGUAAUUACCGGACUGAAGGCGGAUGAGAAAGUUAGACGGGGUUGUCCCUGGUUUCAAAACUGCUGCUGCUUGGAUUGUGUCGUCGUAAACUUAAGCCUCGUACGGGAGAGUAGUGGGCGCAGCCCACUUUCCACCUUUCUGUUCGUCAUGCGCACUGUUUGAAUAAUUUAAGUCCGUGUGUGGCCAAACGCCACUAAUAGAGCACACCGCAAAGGUGAAGGGAAUACCGGCACUGUAACCGUGCUAGGGUGUGAUGAAUGAUUGACUGGCUCAUGCAUCCAUGGGCUCACAAUGCCGUGGCAGUUCAACCCGACUCAUUCAACUAUGACUGCUGGUCUUGGGGGAGGGACAUGCGCUGUUACAGUUGCGUUUGUUUCUGUGAUGGGCUCCGUCUAUGUACACGUGGUGGGCGGGGGUGCACGGUGAUGGGCAAUCUUGUCUUAGUUUGCCUUUUGCCAGUCUUCGCGGGUGUUCGUGUGUUUGUGUGUUGUGCGAGGCCCUGUGCUGUUACUAAAUGAGGGGCACAAAAGCAGGAAGGCACCACCCAUAUGACUCUAAUGGUACAGGGGUGGUGUGGCCCCCUGCGUGCAAGCACCUGUUUGUGUCGCUGGCAACGCGUGCUAGGUGCACACGCCGGCGACCCUAGGUUUCCGAGCGUGUGGCGGUUGACUGUUGUUUACAGGGUUUAAAUUGCUCAAUUUGUUGGAAGGGUCUUUGGUGGACAUGUGGUCCUAAAUUCGGCAGUAAUAACAUCUGUUAGCUGCAGAUGGCAGGUGGCGCGAGGAUGGAGCAGGAGGAACCCCUGAACUCAAGGUAAAGCAACCACCGCCGUGAAGAAGCAAGACUCUGGACAGUCUUGCCCUCUUCCGUUUCAGAACCAAUUCAGGCCGCAGCGAUAAUCCUAUGAACAAGCUCAGCGCGCCAAACCAUUUGUAACCUGAAAGUACC